UGAUGGGAACCCCAAGAUACACCAGAGCCCCCCAAGCUUUCCUUCGCCUUCCCUUUUCCGAGCGUCCCCUCCCGCUCCCUCGCCUCCUCUUCCUCAAACUAUAAAUAGAUGGUUUCUCUCAUCCUUCCUCUCACGCCUCCUAAAACCCUACACCCUCCAUCGCUACUUCCCUCCUCCCCCUCCCUUCUCCUCUUCGAUCUCUCCCAGUCUAAAUCUAAAUUCUUCCGGAACUCGCGGAACUCGAAUCCAUUGCCGGGUUCGCGUUAUUCGUCUCGUACGGUUUGAUCGCCGGAUUGAAACCCUAAUCUGGAGGGAAUCAUUGGAAGGAAGCGAAGCUCCAGUGUAGGUUGGUUCAGGGAGGUGCUUGGAGAGUUAUGAUCAUAGUCUGAACAUAGUCCAUUUAGGGAAGGAGGACGGUAUCAAGUAUGGCUUCAAGAGGGAUUCUCAGGGCCAGAAGACACCUUUCUCAGCACUUGAAUGUUCCUGGCCGUUCAUGUUUGAGUUGUUCCAGUUUUGGGUCUGGUAGAUUGGAUUACAAUGCAGAUGCUGGGUUUCUGUGCCGGGUUCCUGAGCACAGUUCUGUGGAUGGUGAGUGCAGAAUUGAGCGUGAGGCAGUAUUUCUAGCCAAACAGGAUCUCAUAGGUUUAUCAGCAAUUCUGUUUCAUAAGCAUGCUUCUUGUGGGAUCUCUGUUGUUGGUUGUGGAUAUGGGAGAACAGGGAUUGUUCUCCCUGGGGGAUUGAGAGGGUUGCCACCAUCAGUUUGCACUGCAAGUACUGCUACAGCCAGGGAACCAGAUAUAGGUAAUGGAGGUGAGGAUAAUGAAGAUCAGGAACAAAAGCACAGGAAGGAGGCAUCAGCAGAGGAAUGUGACCAGGCAGUUGAAGGUCUUAGCACGGCAAAAGCUAAAGCGAAAGCUAAGAAGUUGCAGGAAUCCCAGAGGACUGUGCAAUCUAUCAUAAAGAAAUUCUGGGCCAAACUUCUUGGGGUUGGUCCUGCUUUGAGAGCUGUUGCUUCUAUGAGUAGGGCGGACUGGGCCAUAAAGUUCCGCCAUUGGAAGGAUGAAUUUGUGUCUGUUCUGCAGCAUUACUGGCUAGGUUUGAAACUACUUUGGGCGGAUAUAAGGAUUUCCUCAAGAUUACUUUUGAAGCUUGCUGGUGGAAAGAACCUCUCAAGAAGAGAGCGGCAGCAGCUAACUCGCACCACAGCUGAUAUCUUCAGGCUGGUCCCGUUUGCAGUUUUUAUUAUAGUUCCAUUUAUGGAGUUCUUGCUGCCAGUUUUCCUGAAAUUAUUUCCCAACAUGUUGCCAUCUACUUUUCAGGACAAGAUGAAAGAACAGGAAGCUUUAAAAAGGCAUCUCAAAGCAAGAAUAGAGUAUGCAAAGUUUUUACAGUAUACAGUGAAAGAAAUGGCAAAAGAAGUCAAAAACUCACGAAGUGGAGAAAUUAAACAGACUGCAGAAGAUCUUGAUGAAUUCUUGAACAAGGUUAGGACUGGUGCACGGGUUUCCAAUGAUGAAAUUUUAAAUUUUGCAAAGUUGUUUAAUGACGAGCUGACUCUGGACAAUAUCAGCAGGCCAAGAUUGGUUAAUAUGUGUAAGUAUAUGGGAAUCUCGCCAUAUGGAACGGAUAAUUAUUUGCGGUUUAUGCUUCGAAGAAAAUUACGCUGGAUAAAAAAUGAUGAUAUAUUGAUUCGGGCAGAGGGUGUAGAAUCCCUUUCAGAAUGUGAACUUAGGCAAGCAUGUAGGGACCGAGGCCAUCUGGGCUUGCUUUCCACAGAUGAGAUGCGCCAACAGCUUCGAGACUGGUUGGAUUUGUCUCUCAACCGCUCAGUGCCAUCUUCUCUCCUGAUACUUUCUAGAGCUUUCACUGUUUCUGGAAAGAUGAAGCCGGAGGAGGCUGUUGUAGCUACACUAUCUUCUCUACCUGAUGAGGUUGUGGAUACUGUUGGUACUGGUUUGCCAUCUGAAGAUGCUGUUUCAGAGAGGAGGAGGAAAUUGGAUUACCUUGAAAUGCAAGAAGAACUUAUCAAGGAGGAAGAAAGGGAACAAGAGAAAGAGAAGAAAGCUAGGAUGGAAUCUAGGAGGAAUGAUGAGGAUGUGGCUUUGAUGGAGUUAACAAUUCCUACUGCUAGGGAAGCAGAGGAGCUGGCAAGGAUGAAGGCACUAGGAAAAAGAGAAGAUUUCUGUAAAAUCAGCCGUGCGUUAGCUGUUCUAGCUUCAGCAUCAUCUGUCAGCAGGGAGCGUCAAGAGUUCUUGAGUCUUGUUAACAAAGAGAUAGAACUGUACAACACCAUGCUAGAGAAGGAGGGUCCUGAACGAGAAGAAGAAGCUAAGAAAGCAUAUAGAGCCGCCAGGGAGAAGACUGACCAUGAAGCUGAAGCAGCUGCAGAAGAUAAGAUCUCAUCAGCACUUAUAAACAGGGUUGAUGCCAUGCUCCAAGAACUUGAAAAGGAGAUUGAUGAUGUAGAUGCUAUAAUUGGUAACCGCUGGCAGUUACUUGACAGUGAUCAUGAUGGGAAAGUGACACCAGAGGAAGUUGCAGCUGCAGCCAUGUACUUAAAAGACACCUUAGACAAGGCGGGUGUCCAGGAACUCAUCAAUAACCUUUCUAGGGAUAGAGAAGGUAAAAUUCUUGUCGAAGACAUAAUCAAGCUGGGCGGUCAAACAGAUGAUGCCAAUGGAGAUGAGACAGAACGCCAGUAGUGGGUAAUACAAUUGCAGUUUCUUUUAUAAUUUUCAGAUAACCAUUUUUUUUAUUCCGGGUGAAAAUUUUGGUGGCCUGGUCAAAAUAACGUAUGUACUAUAUGGUUAUGUAGGAUAGUUGUGCUCACGGAUGUUGUCUGUAUCAAUUUAUUUGUUUGCAUUUUUGGUCAGGUCCAGUUUACUGACCUAAAUGUGAAAGAAACAGGGGGUGGGUCCCUAGCAGUGAGUCUGACAGCAAUGCAUUGUAAUAAAAUCAAUCCUGGGCCGUGGAAUUACACCAAGCAAGCAGGCCACUAAACAGGGGAAAGACACCUCCUCGAACAGCAUGUGAGGUUGGAGAACUGCUCAAAUAAUGUGAGGUCGCUGCUUAUUCGGUAAUCAAGCCAAAAGUUUUGCCCAUCACUCAUUACAAAAAACAAAAAGGAUGAGCGAGGCCACAAGGAAAACCUUCAGCUUACUAUAACGUAAUAAUUAUAGCUAUGGACUUGGCUAUAAAUGAGCAUCCCUUAAGCAUCCAUACCGAAAGUAGUUUCUCUUUUCCUUAUUCAUCUUUCGAUCUUGAGAUUUGAGCAUCAGUCCACCUUGUGGUUUAGAACUCCAUUCCAAUUGAUUAGUGCAACGUUGUAGUGGGAUGGUUUAUCUCUUAUGCUCUACAUUGAAAAUUUCCCGUCAUCUUUUUGCUUUGUAACUCUUUCCACCGUGGAUUCCAAUUGAACAGGAGACUGGUUUUGUGUAUUAAACCGGUGUGCAGGCAUUUACUUCUGAAUAUAUCCUAACUAUGGACUGAUGUCCCUUUGAUUGUCUUCUUUUAA